AUGAAACCCAGUGCACCUAACAAAGAUAUUGUUGUGAAACCAAUGAUCAGUUCUGAGAUAAACUCAAGAUGUCAAGUUGAUCUGAUAGAUCUGCAGUCAAACUCAGAAGGUGAAUAUAAGUUCAUAAUGGUGUAUCAAGAUCAUUUAACUAAGUUUGUCCAGCUACGGCCUUUGAAAACUAAGAGGGCUGAAGAAGUAGCGUAUCACGUUCUUCCAAUAUUUUUAACAUUUGGUGCUCCAGCAAUAUUGCAAUCAGAUAAUGGCAGAGAAUUCAGUAAUCAAGUCGUAUCCGAAAUAUGCGCUAUGUGGAAAGAUGUUAAGAUAGUUCAUGGAAAGCCUCGUCACAGUCAAACACAAGGCUCAGUUGAAAGGGCCAAUCAGGAUAUACAGAAUAUGCUAACUGCAUGGAUGAACGAUAACAAUACAAAUAAAUGGUCAGAAGGUUUACCCUUUGUUCAAUUUGCGAAGAACACUACAUACCACGAAGGAAUACGCCAAAGUCCUUAUGAAGCAAUGUUUGGCAUUAAAGCGAAAAGAGGCAUAGCAUCGUCUUUUUUGCCUAGCGAACAAAUCGGAAGUAUCGAAACUGAGGAACAACUUGAAGAAAUUGCCAAUACUUUUGAAACUGAAGAACAGCUUGAAGAAACUGGUAAUACUUUAGAAAAAAAUUUGAGCGGUGGUCAAACCGAAAACCAAAUUCCAAAGAAAAAUAUUGAAGAGGACUUGCAAUCUAACACGUCUUCACAUCAAGUUCUGAAUGAAAAACACGAGUUAAUUUCUAUAUAA